ACAGUCAAGACGACGGACGGAGAUCUCCAAUCCAUUCAGCCAGCGAGUUUUUUCCAACGACGGCGCCGGGCAGGAUGCUGAUAUGGUUGUGAGGGCCUGUUUCUAUCGUCCUGUCGUACAGUGAGGCAGUGAGCUCACGGUGGAUACAGCAUGCAUGUGUCGACAUAUCCCAUGAUGCACUCUGCCAGUCCGGGCCUGCUCCUCCUCAGCUUCCUCUUCCUCGCUGAUGCCGACUCGCCCCCCAGAUUCACGCGGACCCCAGAAGACCAAACAGGAGUCCAGGGGGGAGUGGCCUCCUUCGUGUGCCAGGCCACGGGGGAUCCACAGCCCAAGAUUGUCUGGAACAAGAAAGGCAAAAAAGUCAGCAACCAGAGAUUUGAGGUAAUAGAGUUUGACGACGGGUCCGGCUCGGUCCUGAGGAUCCAGCCACUGAGGACCCCCAGAGAUGAGGCUAUUUACGAAUGUCACGCCUCCAACUCCGCAGGAGAGAUUACUGCAUCCACCAGAUUAAGUGUGCUACGAGAGGACCAGCUGCCCUCGGGGUUCCCCACUAUAGACAUGGGUCCCCAGCUAAAAGUGGUGGAGCGUUCUCGGACCGCCACCAUGCUCUGUGCUGCCAGCGGCAACCCUGACCCAGAAAUUACCUGGUUCAAGGAUUUCCUGCCGGUCAACACGUCCAACAACAACGGACGAAUCAAGCAACUCCGCUCAGGUGGCACGCCCAUACGAGGUGCCCUCCAGAUAGAGAUGAGUGAGGAGUCCGACCAGGGGAAGUAUGAAUGUGUUGCCACCAACAGCGAUGGGACACGCUAUUCCACCCCGGCUAACCUCUAUGUCAGAGAGCUGCGAGAAGUGCGUCGCGUCCCCCCUCGCUUCUCCAUCCCCCCAGCGGACAGCGAGAUCAUGCCAGGGGGGAACGUCAACAUCACCUGUGUGGCAGUGGGCUCCCCAAUGCCGUACGUGAAGUGGAUGCUGGGGGCCGAGGACCUGACGCCCGAGGAUGACAUGCCCAUCGGCCGCAACGUCCUGGAACUGACCGAUGUGCGCCAGUCCAACAAUUACACAUGCGUUGCCAUGUCGACGCUUGGCGUGAUUGAAGCGGUGGCGCAGAUCAUUGUGAAAGCUCUGCCGAAGGCUCCUGGCACCCCUGUGGUGACGGAGAGAACAGCAACAAGCAUCACCCUCACCUGGGAUUCUGGCAACCCGGAGCCUGUCUCCUACUAUAUCAUACAGCACCGUGCCAAAGGUUCAGAUGACUCCUAUAAAGAGAUUGAUGGCAUCGCCACAACACGCUACAGUGUGGGCGGCCUCAGCCCAUACUCCCACUACGACUUUAGGGUGGCCGCCGUUAACACCAUUGGCCAGGGCCCCUCCAGCGAUGUGGUGGAGGCUCGCACAGCCGAGCAGGCCCCCUCCUCUCCCCCUCGGCAGGUCAGAGGUCGCAUGCUCAGCACCACAACAGCAAUCAUCCACUGGGAUGAACCGGAGGAGCCAAACGGACAGGUGGUGGGCUACAGAGUCUACUACACCUCAGACAACACGCUGCCAGUCAACCAGUGGGAGAAGCAGAUGGUGCGCAGCGCCAACUUCAUCACCAUCCAAGGUUUGACUCCUAACAAGACUUAUUACAUCCGAGUGCUGGCCUUCACCUCUGUAGGAGACGGACCCCUGUCCCAGGACCUGCAGAUUAUAGCCAAGACUGGAGUUCCAUCCCAACCUUCAGAAUUUAAGGGUGAGGCCAAGUCUGAGACCAGUAUCCUGUUGUCCUGGGUGGCUCCACCCCAGGGUGGUCCGGACAACCAGAUCACAGGAUAUGAACUGGUCUACCGACGAGCUGACGACACAGAGGAGAAGAAAGUGAGCUUUGAACCUACCACCUCCUACCUGUUGAAGAACCUGAAGCCUUUCUCCACCUACACCUUCCAGCUGGCUGCCAGGAGCAAGCACGGCAUUGGGGCGUAUACCAACGAAGUGUCCAUCGACACGCCGCAGACGCUUCCUUCAGCGCCUCCCCAGGACAUCACAUGCACCAGUCCCAGUUCUACCAGCAUCCUGGUAAGUUGGGCUCCACCUCCUCUGGAGUUUCAGAACGGCGUCAUUACAGGAUACUCCAUCCAGUACUCCACCACCGAGGGCAACAAGGUGUCUAAAAGAAUUGAUGGAAUCCCUCCGGAAAGUUCUCCGUAUCUCCUGGAAAACCUAGAGAAAUGGACUGAGUAUGGCAUAACGGUACGAGCACAGACGGAAGCUGGGGACGGACCAGAAAGUUUACAGCUGCUUAUCCGCACAGAGGAAGAUGUUCCAAGUGGUCCUCCGCGAGGGGUGGAGGCAGAGACUGUGAACGCCUCGGCCGUUAGGGUGAAAUGGCGAGCACCGGCGCCCGAACGGCAGCACGGUCAGAUCCGAGGCUAUCAAGUCCACUAUGUGAGGAUGAACUACGGAGAGCCUCAGGGUCAGCCCUUCAUCAAGGACAUCCUCAUAGAGGACACUCAGGAGGUGGUUCUUGGAGACCUAAAGGCAGACACUUCCUACUCUGUAUCAGUGGGGGCUUACACUGCCAAGGGUGACGGUGCUCGCAGCAAACCUGUUUCUGUGUGUUCUGCCCUGCCACUGCCUGAGAAGCCCAAACUGAUGGUGAGCGCCACCGAUUCAGGGACCGCUCUGCUUCAAUGGUACCCAUCGCCCAACCCGCCCACCCCGCUCCUGGGGUACCGCCUCACCUUCGGCCGCAUCGACGUCCUUCCCUUUACGGUGGUCGAAUUCCCCACCAAGGAGAACCGCUACACGGCCCAGGACAUCCACAAGGGAGCUAACUAUGUGUUCAGACUCUCCGCCCGUAACAAAAUGGGCUACGGAGAGGAGGCUGUAAAGGAGGUGACUACUCCGGAAGACGCCCCAAGCGGAUACCCAGAGAAUGUUAUCUUAGAGGAGGCUUCUGCCGCCUCCCUCCGACUGGCGUGGAAAUCGGUCCCACUAAUUGAGCAAAAUGGGAAAAUUGUGAAGUACUCGGUGCUGUACAAGGAUAUAAACAGUCGCGGGAACGCCUCAGAAGUCGUGGUGCCCGCUCCGGGGUCGAGUGUUUUGUUGGAGGCUCUGAGUGCAGACACUGUGUAUGAUGUCAGGUUGUGCGCGUACACAGCUGUUGGCCCCGGGCCGUACAGCCCCAGUGUCCAGUUUAGGACGCAGCGGCUAGACCAAGUUUUUGCCACCAACUUCAGAGUAAAGGCUGCCAUGAAGAACUCUGUCCUGCUUUCCUGGGAGAUCCGAGACAAGAACCCCGCCCAGCCGUUCACUAUCCUGUAUGGAAAGGGCCAGUCUGUGGAAGUGGAUGGGAAGCAGACGCAGAAGCUGAUCACUGGCUUGGAGCCGGACACCCAGUACUCCUUUCUGCUCACCAACCGAGCCAACAGCGCCGGGGGUCUGCAGCACCGCGUCACCGCCACCACCGCCCCGGACAUCCUGAAAACCAAACCCACUGUGGUGGGAAAGACCAACGCGGACGGCAUGGUGACUGUGCAGCUACCAACUGUGCAGACCACGGCCAAAGUCAGGGGUUACUAUGUGGUGGUGGUGCCGCUGAAGAAGCAGAGAGGAGGGAAGUUCCUGAAUCCCUGGGAGGAGCCUGACCAGAUGAACCUGGAUGAGCUCCUGAAAGAGAUCAACAGGACCAGUGUCAGCCGCGCCCUCCGCAUCCGCAGACAGGCCGGCCAAUCAGAUCCCAGGGCCUAUGUCACCGCUCACUUUAAGACCCUCCCCCUGGAGUUCACGCUAGGUGAUGGCCGAAACUAUGGCGACUUCCGCAACCGCCCGCUGCAGAAUGGACAGGAGUAUGUUUUCUUUGUGCUUGCGCUGCUAGACCUCUCGGAGAAUACCAUGUACGCCACUAGCCCUUAUUCUGACCCCGUGACCUCGUCGGAUGUGGAUCCUCAGCCAAUCGUGGACGAGGAAGAGGGUCUGCUGUGGGUGGUGGGGCCUGUGCUGGCUGUCAUCUUCAUCGUGUGCAUCGUCAUCGCCAUUCUCCUCUUCAAGAGCAAACCUGACAGGAAAAGGGCCGAGGCUGAAGGCAGGAAGGGCAGUUUCCCCUGCAGCAAAGCCAUGUCGUCCCACCAUCCCACCGACCCCGUGGAGCUGCGCAGAAUCAACUUCCAGACUCCAGGCAUGGCAAGUCACCCGCCCGUCCCCAUCUCUGAGCUGGCAGAUCACAUUGAGCGCCUCAAGGCAAACGACAAUCUCAAGUUCUCUCAAGAGUACGAGUCCAUCGACCCUGGUCAGCAGUUCACAUGGGAGAACUCCAACCUGGAGGUCAACAAACCAAAGAACCGCUACGCUAACGUCAUUGCCUAUGAUCACUCCAGGGUUAUACUCUCCAGCAUUGAGGGUGUCCCGGGCAGUGACUACAUCAAUGCUAACUACAUCGAUGGCUACCGCCGUCAGAACGCCUACAUCGCCACUCAGGGAUCCCUCCCUGAGACUUUCGGGGAGUUCUGGAGGAUGGUGUGGGAGCAGCACACAGCCAACAUUAUCAUGAUGACCAAGCUGGAGGAGAAGUCACGGGUGAAGUGCGAUCAGUACUGGCCAACGAGGGGCACGGAGACCUACGGCCUCAUCCAGGUCACUCUGCUGGACACGGUGGAGCUGGCCACCUACUCCGUCAGGACCUUCGCUUUGUACAAGAGCGGUUCCAAUGAGAAGCGUGAGGUUCGUCACUUCCAGUUCACGGCAUGGCCGGACCACGGGGUGCCUGAACACCCCACCCCCUUCCUGGCCUUCCUCCGCAGGGUAAAGGCCUGCAACCCUCCAGAUGCGGGACCCAUGGUCGUCCAUUGCAGUGCCGGGGUUGGUCGCACUGGCUGCUUCAUCGUGAUCGACGCCAUGGCGGAGCGAAUCAAGCACGAGAAGACCAUCGACAUCUACGGCCACGUCACGCUGAUGCGCUCCCAGAGGAACUACAUGGUCCAGACGGAGGACCAGUACAUCUUCAUCCACGACGCGUUGCUGGAGGCCGUGACCUGCGGGAACACCGAGGUCCCCGCGAGGAACCUGUACUCCUACAUCCAGAGGCUGACGCAGAUCGAGCCAGGAGAGAACGUCACCGGCAUGGAGCUGGAGUUCAAGCGUCUGGCCAGUGCCAAGGCCCACACGUCACGGUUUGUGAGUGCCAACCUGCCAUGCAACAAGUUCAAGAACCGGCUGGUGAACAUCAUGCCCUACGAGACCACGCGUGUGUGUCUGCAGCCAAUCAGAGGAGUGGAGGGAUCUGACUAUAUCAACGCCAGCUUCAUUGACGGAUACAGGCAGCAGAAGGCCUACAUAGCAACCCAAGGCCCGCUGGCUGAGACCACAGAGGACUACUGGAGGAUGCUGUGGGAGCACAAUUCCACCAUAGUUGUCAUGCUAACCAAACUGAGAGAAAUGGGUCGGGAGAAGUGUCACCAGUACUGGCCUGCAGAGCGCUCAGCCAGAUACCAGUACUUCGUGGUGGAUCCCAUGGCUGAGUACAACAUGCCUCAGUACAUCCUCCGAGAGUUCAAAGUCACUGACGCCAGGGACGGCCAAUCGCGGACAGUUCGUCAGUUCCAGUUCACCGAUUGGCCAGAGCAAGGAGUGCCAAAGUCAGGGGAGGGAUUCAUUGAUUUCAUUGGCCAGGUGCACAAAACUAAAGAACAGUUUGGCCAGGAUGGGCCAAUUACUGUGCACUGCAGUGCUGGUGUGGGGAGGACUGGUGUGUUCAUCACGCUCAGCAUCGUGCUGGAGAGGAUGAGGUACGAGGGCGUGGUGGACAUCUUCCAGACUGUCAAGAUGCUGCGCACCCAGAGACCCGCCACCGUUCAGACAGAGGACCAGUACCAGUUCUGCUACCGGGCCAGUCUGGAGUACCUGGGAAGCUUUGAUCACUAUGCAACAUAAACCCAGUGGCCGUCUCUCAUGCCACAUCCCACCUAGUGCACUUCUCUUGGGUCACAUGCGGCCUGAAUUAAUGCACCAGGCUGCGAUGUGUCUUUGAAGAUUUUUUGCCGCCACAUGCAGAGUGAAGGGGGACCAUCGGCUUAUCCCGUACCCAGAAACAGCACCUCUAACUGAGCCAUAGCAACCUGCUUGACAAGGGUGUUUCCUUCCACCCUCCCAAACACACCCAUUGGUCAGUCUGAAGAAGCAACUUCAACCACUGUUCCAAUCAGAAUACUUGAUCAAAUAUUGAUUUUUAUUCGUUUCAGUGCUUUUGUGAGCACCCAGAUUGCUUUACAUUGUUUGGGUGUGGAAGUCUCACCUCGUCCACCACCAGUGUAGCAUCACCAACCUAAAUACAGGACCCGGCUACAGUAUUUAGCUGUCACAGGAACUUUUGAUUUUUCUAUCUUGAGGACCGUCUAGAAGGAGUCUACAAAUCCAUCUUAUGGAAGCCUCGUGGACUGAAAGAACUGGGACUCUUGAGCACCAGAGAAUUGCCAACAGGAGACUGAAGGCACAGAGCACACAGUAUUAAAAAGACAAAGAACACACAUCCCAAAAAAAGAAAAAAGAAAAAAAAAGACACCAAGAAGUGUUUUUUUCUGUUUUGUUUCGGAAACAGACUCUCGUUUCCUGUGAAUGAAAAAGAAGAGAUUUCUACCAUACAGUAAUAAAAAACCACCAGUUCAACCUUAUGCUUCAUGAUUUAAGAUAAGGGAAAUUUGAGAGAGGUUUAAAAAUGCAUACCACAAAGUAAAACAUUAAUUUAGUUUUUUAGAAAAAUAUAGAUAUGUGACUAUCUUGUUUUUUAAAAACUGGGUAUUUCUUGUGGCACGUUUCUGUUUUGUUUUUGGUUCUUUUUGUUUGUUUUUUUACAGAUUCAUGACUUUGUCCCCGCUGACCAUUCAAGGGCGGAGCCGCAUUUCAUUUCUUUUUCUGUGUAAUCCAAUGAGCUGUAGCGAUUUUUUAAAGAAAAAAAGUGAUACAGUACUGUUUUAAAGUGUACAAUUAAAUCUAGUGUGGAAAAUCUUCACAGUUCUAAGAAAAGCGCCACUAUGGAGUGUCACCCUCCUGUAUGCUCUACCCACACACACGAUUCGCAUGCACACUGGACUCUCAACCUCAUUUCUGUCUGGCCUGUGGUGUCAGAGAGGGCGGCCAUCUUUGAAUUCCCAGGGGCCCACGGAGGUACAGUAUUCACCCUGUGGCCACCAGAAAGAAUAAUCUUGCCAAGUCGUUCUGCGUGCCGGUUGAGACAAAGCCAGAUGAAACACUACAGAGAGUAUGCACAGAAAGCAAAAUAUGGAAAAAAAUAAACAAAAUAAUUAUUUAUGACUCCAAAUAAGCUUCACAAAGAUUUAUCAAGCAGGGAGCGAGAAAGGGAUGUAGAAACCAGGGUGGGAUGGGGGUUGAGGGGUCUGGGAAGGAUGGAUUUUCUCACUGGAAUGCUCACCUAUGACUUUUUCUCUCUGUCUGAUUCAGUGUGCAAUAAGUAGAUGUAUUAUAUAUUUUUGUGUCAAGUCACUAACUGCAGUUAUAUGCCAUUAUGACGAUGAUGAUAUUGAUGAUGGUGCAUCGUUUUCCAGACACAAGGAUGUUGCGCUCAAUAUGGUUCUCGCCACCGUUUAAUGUGUCCAAACAGAGGCGCGACCCUCUGACCUUUUAAGACCUUUUAUCACGCCACAACUCCGGUAGAAGAUGUCAUCCUUCUGUGUGUCACGGCAACCGACGAAUGAUCGAACUCAUAUUUCAAACAGCAUCUAAUAAGUAUUUUGAUUUAGAUUUCUAGUGCCUUAUAUUACACGCCUAUUUUGAUAACGUUACUUUAAAGGGUUUUUUGUGUAUUUUAUGUAUGUAUGCUUGUAUGUGUGUGUACUGAAUGUCCGUGUAUAUGAUUUUGUUAUGUUACGGUAUGUGAAAAUAUCUCGUAGGUUCUGUUUUUUGGCUGUGAAGUUUUGUAUGGCAGGCUCUGUGUAGGCUGGAUCGUCGUCAUCACUUUUCAACCCAGCAACAACGUCAUGAUAUCUCUUUUAAUCAACAGCAACAAAACAAAAUCUGAUCUGAAAUGUGGUUUCAAAAUAGGCUGUUAGCGGGACGGUCUGACAGGAAAACGUUUGUAUGUCGACAGCUUUCCGUCUCUUCUUCCUGGGACACUUGCACAAGCUUUGUGUAUAUAUACUCUUUCAUUGAGACUUCAGUUUGCCUGCCAUGAAAUUUUGGCCACACUGGCGACUUUAGCACCGACUGUGAGCUGACUCAGGCCAGUUCCACUCUCUCAGCUGUGUAGAAAUCUAUAUACAGCUGAAUGGCAGUGGCUGCCUUUGUCAGUUUGGACAAAAAGCUAAAUAAACCACGCGGACACGCUCACCUGAGGCCCUUCACCUAGAAUCAGUCUGGUCAUCCGUGCUCCUCGUUCUUACAUCUUUUUUUUCCUUUAGCGACAAACGCUGAGAGAAGUUCAGGUGCUACGUCUCCAACGACCCAGAACCUACAGCAUCUUUUCUUUUUGUACUCAUUACGCUUGACAAUAUAAGGGAUCGUUGACAGUUUUCCACCAUCUUACAGUAACCCUGUUGUCGUUUUUUGUAUGCAUGGUACCACUUUUGAGAUGCCCCUUUGGUCGCACCUGUUAUGGGAAGACUUGCACUUUCUCUCUUUGUACUAUGCACUAAUACUAGUAUCCUAUUAUCUCUGAUAAGCCCCCACCCCUCCCCCCUAAAGGAGUUUUACUUGAACUCGGUAAAGAUGGACCCUGUAAUGCUCACAUGGUUGUGUAUAUGUAAAUAACACAAGACACAGAGAGUAAUUGAAAUGCAUAAAUACAUGAAUAAAUAAAUGAUUAAGAGUGAAUAAAAAUCUAUGAGAUAUACAGAGUGAUAUAAUAAAAAGGAUGCACCUGAAAUCACAGUUUAUGGCACAGCAGUAUGUGCGAUACAUCACAUUGUGGAUUUGUUGUACCACAAAAGAGAAGUUUCACAAAAAAGUGUUCUACUUUACCCCCCAAUGUAUCAUGUAGAUGGAUAAAACUGGAGUUUAUAAAUUGUAUAAAAACGAAAAACAUGGUGUGUUACUUGGAUCAGUUACCUCCAAUUGGUCUGUAAAUGUAAACUUUUUUUGUUUUUGUUUUCUGCUCCGGGUCAACAAGUGCUUUUUAUUUUCUUACAUUGGUUCUCGGAGCGUGUGAAAACCGAAAAACAGGUCUGUAUGGAUUUCUGUUCUCUGUCGACACAAGUUUCAUUUGUUACAA